GAACGGGGCCCGCCCCCGCUCCGAGCUCAGGCUCGCGGCCAGUGCAGCUGCUCCAGAAGGCUGCGACGGCGGACCGUGAAGGCCAAGUGGGAGGCAGAGGAAGAGGAUGAAUGGACCAGCGGGACUCACAUACCUGGACCGUCGCGAGCGGAUUCUCAAAUUAGGCGAAAGUUUCGAGAAACAGCCGCGCUGUGCUUUCCACACCGUGCGCUAUGACUUCAAACCUGCUUCUAUUGAUACCUCUUGUGAAGGAGAUCUUGAGGUUGGCAAAGGUGAACAGGUGACAAUAACUCUUCCAAAUAUAGAAGGUUCAACUCCACCAGUCACAGUUUUCAAAGGUUCCAAGAGACCUUACUUAAAAGAAUGCAUUUUGAUUAUUAACCAUGAUACUGGGGAAUGUCGCCUAGAAAAACUCAGCAGCAACAUCACUGUGAAAAAAACAAGAGUUGAAGGAAGUAGCAAAAUCCAGUACAGACUAGAACAACAGCAACAGCAAAUGUGGAAUCCGCCUAGGACUUCCAACCUUGUGCAGCAUUCUUCAUCAGAAGAUAAGAUGUCUCCGUCGUCUCUAAUGGAUGAUAUUGAAAGAGAACUGAAGGCAGAGGCUAGCCUUAUGGACCAGAUGAGUAGUUGUGAUAGUUCAUCAGAUUCCAAAAGUUCUUCAUCUUCAAGUAGUGAGGAUAGUUCUAGUGAUUCUGAAGAUGAUGACCAAUCCUCUCCUCCGGGUCCAAGGAAAUAUAGCUUGGAGCACCCUAGCAUGUCUGCUGGGCCACAGUACAGGACUUCAGAUGCUAACGCUACUUGUAAUAGGCUUCUUGACAACAGUACCCUUCUGAUGAGUACUUUACGAAGUGAUUUGCAGCUGAGUGAGUCUGACAGUGACAGUGAGGACUGAAGCAAUAUCAAACUAUAAAGAAAACAUUUGCUAAGAUGUGUGAGAAUCUGUUUUGUAUUAAUAAAUAUUUCUAUGUUUUUGGAAAAUAUGCAACUUUUGCUGAAAAAAAAAUAAAGUUGGUUCAGAAUUUUCAACUAUU